UCAGGGAAACUCAUCUCGCCUAGCUUUGUGUUGGUGACAAUCUAAGUAGAUUUUCUUUCUGCUGUGCCGUGAGCUUUUCUCGCGAAGGUUAAUCGAGUGAAAGUAUCAGCACUGGAAGGAACCGUGAAAAUUGUACCGGAACAAUCGAGUGCCCGAAAAAUAUAUGGGUGGAAUGGCCUUCAGCAUCGUAUUGCAUGCAGUGCCAGCAUAAGUCGUGAACGUGAUGCGAAAAAUGUGUCAAAAGAGUAAUUGUAUUUGCACAACAGACCAGGAAGGAUAAAAAUAACUGUCACCUCCCCAAAAGCAUUUAGUGAUUGUACUGUGGGACUUCGUGGUUGGCGAUAAACGCGUGUAUUAUUAUUUUUGGACGCGCGAUUCUGUAUUGUGUUCUCGAGUUGAGCGACCGAUCCGGAUAAAUCCAAUAAACGAUGGACAUGUGAUUUGGAUGCGUUGGUAAUUUAAUGAUAUACACUAUAGAGAUAACGCGUAACGACAAGCCUUCACACCAAGCGUUAAAUUGAUCUGCCAUAGUAAGCACCAAAGUUUCAACCGGUAACUCCAUCAAGACGUUGUAGCUAGUAUAGAUUAGCACGAGAAAAUCCAAUUUUAAGCUUACCUUCGAAGCUGUUAGUGGAGCACCAGUUAAUUAAUCACAGAAGCAACCGUACCAAAUACACUCAAAUCAAUUAAAAUGUCGAGCAGUGGAAGCACUCCCGUCAACAGUCCUCGGAAGGUAUUCGGCAGAACAGCAACGCUGGAUAAGAAUGCAAUGCUGGAGUAUGAGAUGAACAGAAAUCUAGACAGCAAGUUCCGGGAGAAGGCCGAAAAGGAACUGGGCGAAAUUGGUGGCGAGAUGACGUACGCUAAAAUACGGCAACUGCGUCAGCAGCUGAGCGUUUACGCCGAGCAUCAUCAGCGUGGGCUUGGGCGCCGUAGGGACGAUUCCUUUCUGUUGCGUUUUCUACGGGCGAAAAAGUUCGAUGUGGAUAAAGCGUUCAAGAUGAUUCAAAAAUACUACAAGAUGAAAGACGAAUAUCCGGAAAUUUUCAAAGUAUCCCCACCGUCGGAGAUGAAGUUCAUGCUUGAGAUGCAGAUACAAUGUAUGCUGCCGAAAAAAGACGACAAUGGACGACAAUUUUAUUUGUUUCGAGUUGAGAAAUGUGAUCCAUACAAAAUUCCGGUAGACUACGUUUUCCGAAGCAACGUGCUGGCUCUCGAAGAUGCUGUUCGAAAUCCGGAAACACAGAUUGGUGGCUUGGUUGUGUUACUUGACAUGGCUGGGUUAGGAUUUGCACAUGCAAGAUACCUGUCACCUCAUUUGGCUAGGAAAACAGUAGAAGUGAUUCAAGAAGCGUUUCCCAUGCGUUUUAAAGCAUUCCACGUACUCCAUGAACCGUUUUAUUUCGAUGCGAUUCUGGCGGUUCUCAAACCCUUCCUUAAAGACAAAAUCAGAAGACGAAUACACCUUCACGGAAACAGUCUGUCAUCGUUACAUAAAUAUAUAGCCAAAGAUGUCCUACCGGUGGAGUACGGCGGAACUCUUCCUCCGUUCGAUAACACUGAAUGGCGUACGAACAUUCUGGACAACGAACAGUAUUUCAUUGAUCUCGAAACGUACAAUCAUAGUGCGGACAGUUGCUAUCAGGAGGAUGUCGAUAACGCCGAUGCUGACAGCAUUGAAAGCCUGCAGUUUGGUGAUACUGAAACAGAGGAUAGUGAAUUUGACGACGAUGACAAGCGGGUGCUGAGUCCAAGGCGAACCCCGAGGUCGUGGGUCAACGUAGAGGAGAUAUUCCUUAAAAAUGGUCUUCAGGGAGCUGAAUUCGAAACGGAUCCAGAUGGAAGGGUUGAAGAUGUUUUUCCUGGCCGGACUGAACAAGAUGUGCAGUAGGCGGGUCUUUUAAUACUAUACCUACAUAUUUGUUUCAAUUUUCCUCAAUUUUUGCGUAGGAAAUUAUACCCCUCAAGUGUUCGUCACAGUUUAAGGAUUUGAAAUGUCUGCUCAAUGCUAGCAUAUAAAAGAAAAUUUUUCCAUUACACCAGAUUUCUGUGUAUCCGCAAUCAAUCUGCUUACUAUCGCAUUUUGACUAGGCUUUGGCUGUGUUAUAGAACCUUGUUUUAGUGUUUUUCCAGAAUAACAGAAUAUAUAUAAACUUGUUACUCGUUCCCCUAGCGAAAACAAAUCAUAUAGAGACACCUUGUGAUGGAAACGCAUGGUUGAUUAUAAUAUUUUAACUCUGCUCAAAAGAACCAAUCAUGUUGAACUGCAAAGAUAUUGAUUAAUGUGAUGUGGAAUCAAAAUAAAUCAAUGAAUAAAUACUCACUAGUACAAAUGUUGUAACGAAAGAGGGAAACUGUUGCUGAUCACGAAGCGACGAAGUAUCGAUAAAAUUUAAAUUUUCUUAAACAUCGAAACUAGCGAUAAAAAGACUAAUCGAAUGCACUCAAAAAAAAAAUUAGAAUUAGCACUAAAUUUAGAUUUGGCCCCAAUAUUCUCAACCGUUGGGCGAUAGUAAAAUAACAAUUUUAUAAACUCGAUGAUUUAAGAUUUCGAAUUUACACGCGUAGGUAUCCAAAUUAUUCUAUGUUCAAAAAUAAAGGCAAUAAUAGCAAUAUAUUCACAAUUUCAUAAAUAGAAAUGGACAUGAAACGAAUCUCGUACCAAUUAGAAGUUUGCCUAAAUAAAUAGCAAAUGGAGAUUCCACAGUACCUAACGCAGUUCAACGUUGUUGCAAAACUAAAUAUUACUAAUGGUUGUAAAAUUGAAAGUUUAAAUCAAAUAAUCCAAAUAAAUGCAAUGAAAAUA